AUGAACAGUUGUACUGGAGACAGACCUGUUCUGCUGGACUUGGAGAACCUAACACCCGAAUUCAGGAAAGGCUGCACCUCUGUGAUCUCCCUCUCCCCCGUGACACAAACCUGCAUUCGGAUCUUCCCUUGGACAGAAACAUUGAACCGCCCGCCGGAAAGAGAAAAGCACAGCAAGCCGAGCCAACCGCGGAGGCGAGCAGCGCCGACCCCUCCCCCCAGAGACACGGCCGAGGCAUACCCGCAAGAAAUCCCUACCUGCCCACAAGACCACAGCAAGCAGGAUGCCCGCAGAGGCCAUUACAACCGCACCGGACGGCAAGAGAGGGAGUCGAGCCUCAGGAGGACUGCGGACAAAACGAGCAGCCGGGAAACCUCAGGCCAGGCGAUGGAGCCACGAGGUAAGUGGGAAGCAGUGACGGCUGGAAAUAGCGACAUGCGAGUCGCUAAGAAAAAAUAA